AUGUCUACUUCACCAACUAAACAACAAAUAAAAAAACCCUAUUACCGACAAAAGUAUAAUGCUUCCUGGGAAAAUGACGAACAAUUUAAAGGAUGGUUAGCAAGAAGUAAAAAAGGUCAGUACUUUUUCCAUUGUACAUCAUGUCAAUUUGAUGGAACUGCGGGUAAAUCCGAAAUUGAAAAACACGCCAAGGGACAAAAACACUUAAAACUGGUGGAAGGAUGUAAAAGUCAACAAACCAUAACUGAACUUCUAAACAAUUCUGUUCAUGCAAAACUUGAAAAUACUGUUAAACAUAGUGAAAUGCAUUUGGCAGCAUUUAUUGCUGAACAUAAUUUGCCUUAUACAGUUAUGGAACACUUACCCAAAUUGGUUCAAAAAGUAUGUCCUGAUUCAAAAGUAGCUUUGAAGUUAAAAUGCGGCAGAACAAAAACUGAAAGCAUCGUUACCAAUGUCAUCGGAGCAGUAGGUAAGAUCAGUGUUAUUGAUUUGAUGCAGAAAAACAAGUUUGCCAUUAUAAUAGACGAAAGCACGGAUACAUCUACAAUAAAACACAUGGCAGUAAUCGCUAGAAUAGUAGACAAUAAUCUGUUGGUGCGGGAUGAAUUUGUUACUCUCAUAGAAGUAGAAAAAGCCACUGCUGACGCUUUAUAUGAUUUAAUUAUACAUUUCUUUAUACAAAAUAAAAUUCCAUAUAAAGAGAAUAUGAUAGGCUAUGCAGGAGAUGGUGCCAACAAUAUGAUGGGCAAACACCAUUCAUUAGCUACUAAUUUAUUGAAAGAUGUGCCAGAUUUAUUUAUUAUGAAAUGUAUAUGCCAUUCUUUUCAUCUAUGCGCUUCAUAUGCUUGCUUAAAAUUACCACGAUUUGUUGAAGAUUUUGCAAGAAAUGUACAUAACUAUUUAAAUAAUAGCUCUAAAAGACUCUUAGAAUUUAAAGAAUUCCAAGUUUUCUGUAAUAUAAAACCACAUAAGAUUUUAUACCCAGGACAAACGAGAUGGCUAUCACUAUUGUCGGUAGUUAAUCGCCUUAUUGAACAAUAUAAUGCUUUAAAACUCUAUUUUACUAGUGCAGUGUUAGAAGAUAAAAUUUUAAAUGCACAAACAGUAUUAGAUUCGUUAUCAAAUCCAUUUAAUCUUUUGUACCUGCAAUUCCUAGCAUAUGUUUUGCCAUUCUUUGUAGAUCUAAAUAUUGAAAUGCAAUCAGAAGGAAUAAAAAUACAUCUGGUCUAUGACCGUAUAGGAACACUGUACAAAGAAAUCUUAGAAUGCUACAUUAAAAAAGAUUAUAUUAGAAAUAAAAAAUUAUAUGAAAUUCAAUACAAGAAUCCAAGUUACUAUUUGCAUGAAAAUAAUUUGUUUUGUGGUGGUACUGUUUCUGCAUCUAUUUGCUCUCUGUUAAAAGAGAAAAAAGUCACAGCUUUGCAAAUAUCGGAGUUCAAAAAUCGCUGCCUCAGCUUUUAUGUAGAAGCAACACAACAAAUUAAUGGCAUUUAUGAAAAAUCAGUUGGUAACCCUGGCGCCGAUUAUUAUAGUAUGAACGUUCGUCUAAGACGUUUCGCGUCAUGA